AUGGCUAUUCACAUUCUUGGAAAGGCCAUUAAACAUAAUGUUGAGGUCAAAUAUGGCCUUGCAUUUAAUAUUUUUGGUGUGGGUUUAAAAACAGCCGAACAAAUAUGUGCCCGUAUUGGGAUUUAUCCUAAGAUGAGAAUGAACCAAUUAAACGAAACUCAAAUUAUGGCUAUUAAUAAAGAAUUAAGUGAUAUUACAGUUGAAGGACACUUGAAACAAAAGGUUUGGGAUGAUAUUAAGUUGAAGCGUACCAUUGGUAGUUAUGCUGGUCUUAGACAUGCUAUGGGAUUACCAGUUAGAGGACAAAAAACGAAGAAUAAUGCUCGUACGGCUAAGAAGCUAAAUAAACUUGAGCGGAGACUUUGA